CCACAAAAUCCCAAAUGCCAGAUUGGCCUGAGGGGUCUGGGACCGCGGUCGUGCACUCAACUGAAGGACAGGGCGGAGCAGGUCGUCAAUUCUGGGCCUAUCCCCUCGAUUGUUCGCCUCGUUGAUUCUAUUCCGCUUGGCCGAUGCCUCGGUUCGGCUCGGAUUAAGGCCUUCUGGCGAAGUUUGCGUCUAUCGCCUCCCGUGACCACGGCAACCGUUGGUGUGAUAAAGCGAAGACCGGAGCCAUAA